AUGCCUCUCUACACAACCAAAUCAGCCUUCCUCGCUUCGGACAUGAAGGCAUGUCCUAUGCCGCCCUCCGACCCCUCCUGUCCUAUCUGCCGCGAAGAUCUUCAGCCUCAGGAGCCAGAAGCCUUAUCCGCGGGCCCUUCAGGCGAAGUCGCACAGAACGGCGCCACUGUCACUGCCAGCUCCGCCGAAGACAACGACCCCAUCGCCGCCAACAGCGCACCCGCUGAACCAAACGAAGAUCACUCCCCCGUCAAGGUCACCUGCUGCAACAACAUAUUCGGCCGCAGCUGUCUAGAAGCCUGGCUCACUAGAGGAAACAGCUGUCCAUUCUGUCGCGCCGAGUUUUUCCCAUCGCGGACUGUACCAACGGAAAUGACAUUCGAAUGGUUUGCUCAACUCAUUGAAAGAGCAGAAGCUCGAACUGACGCGAGGUUGGAGGCAGCGAGAGCUCGAUUCACAGAGGGCAUGGGGGCGGCGCAUGCUCGAUUCACAGAGGACAUGGUAGCUCGAUACAUACAGCGCAUGGAGGCUGCGGCAAGUGGCAUUACAGGCAUACGUAGAAGGGACCUGCGUACGCUUGAGGCUCUGCAGCAGGCGGGUCCGGAUGUGGGAUUGCCGACCCGGGAUGACGCUGAGGAUGAGUCUGAGUUGUCCUCUGAGUACGAGUCGGAGGAUGAAUCUGAUUCAAUGCCCGAGCUAGAGCCGUUGGAUGAAAUGGAAGGGUACCACUCGGAGUCUGAGUCUGUUCUCAGCGAAGAUGAGGAUGACGAGUCUGAGUUUGAGGAUGAAGAUGAAGAUAGCGGUGAUGAGGAUGAAGGGGGCGAUGGACCCCCGCAGGGACCUGGAUCUGGAGGCGCGGUUUGUGUUGAGUGCGCUCAUACAGGUGCUUCAGUGCGAGCCUAG